GUGCCAUGUUUGUUACUGCCACUCAUCUCUCAAGCAUUGGCUUUCAUCCGCUCUAUUUAUACUCACAGAGUCUCUAUAAAUAGCGGAGCGGAGUUAACGCCGUAAGCGCGGUAGUAGGAGCUUCCGUAGCACGGCACGACGAUGAGAAGAAACGGCCCGAAUAUUCUGUCGUUGGUGACGUUUUUCGCCACAAACCUGCUGCGGGCCGUGCGCGACAGUGUCGCGUAUGCCGUGAGCUUUCUCCCGCGAUGGUUGAGUUCGGUUUUGAGCCGAUGCCAGACAGUGGCGGGCGAGAAGCCGCCUCAUGUGCCCGAGUGCAGCGUGCUGCGUCUCGACACUAAAGUCUACACGUCCGACGACGACGACACGGCGGGGGAUGGCUUGGACUUGGUCGACGUCCUGGCUUCCCGCCGGCGUUUCAGGCUGCGCAGGGACAGGCUUUGCGAGCACAGCGAGUACUUCAGGGCCCUGUUCAGGUCCCGCAUGCAGGAGAACGAGGAGAGGACGGUGGACCUCAGCUCUGUGCCGUGCGAGAUCCUCGAGCCCAUCCUGGACUUCGUGCACGACGGCCGCUUGGCGCUGCUGACGCCCGACAUCGUGUGCGAGUGCAUCGAGACCGCAAACUACCUGGUCAUGCCCGGGUUGCUGAAGGAGUGCGGCGCGUACGCACGCGGAAUUCUCGACCGCCGGAACUGCUGGUCCUUUCUGGAGUUUGCCGAGUCGAUCGCUUGCGAGGAAGCCCUGGCAGCUGCCUACUCGUAUUUGAGCAGCAACUUUCUUGAGCUGGGCAACAUCGGCAAGCGCCUCCCGCCCGAGAAGGUGGAGAAGAUCCGAAGGCUGCGGACUGAAGGCGCCAGGCACCUCUGCGUCCUGAAAAAGGAGUGCGCCGUUCCCGCCCACCUGGCAAACGGAAGCGGCAGGUGCAUUUACCAUCUGAGUGUGAGGGCUGACGGGGACGAGGCCUCAAGAGGUGGUCGCUUCUGGGAUGCCGGCGGUACGCAGACGAGCGUGGCCGGCGACCGGACACCCGGGAGCGACGGUGCGGCUGCCGCGGGCCGCAGCAGCAGGGCAUGGCUGCGCCGAAGUGAGCUGCCCUUCGCCUCUGACAAGUGGAAUUUCAGCACAGCGGUCCUGGACAACUACCUCUACAUCAUCGGGGGCCACAGGCACUGCCAGGGGGGCAGCUCCCGCGCCGAGUUCCGCUCGCUGGCCUAUCGCUACAACCCCUUGACGGACACCUGGGCCGAGGUGGCGUGCAUGCGCAAGCGGCGGCGGCGCUUCAGCCUGGCCGUGGCGCGGGGCUUCCUGUUCGCGCUCGGCGGCUGGUACCUGGACGCGCUGACGUCGCCGGACGCGCGUACCCGCGUCUACUCGGCCGUGGAGCGCUACGACCCCGCGAGCGACACGUGGACGUUCGUGUCGUCGCUGCCCUUCACCGACUUCACCUUCUCGAUGACGAUGACGCACGACGUGCCGCUCGCGGCCACGCUGCGGGACGACGUCUACGCCAUCGGCAACAUCGCCCGCACGGGCGAGAAGCUGCUGCUGCGCUACGAGGUGGCGCGCGACCGCUGGAGCGAGGUGUUGCCCACGCUGACGCGCGCCGCCGUCGACCUGCCGGCGCUUUACUGCAUGGUGGCGGCCGAGCGGCUCUACGUGCUGGGCUGCAACAACGACAGCAGCGUGCUGCUCAGCUUCUCGCCUCAAGAGGGCCGAUGGAGCAGGCCCGCGCUACUCCCCAAACUGUGCCUGGUGGGGCAGGGGGCAGCCGUGGUCGCGGGAGCCGAUGGGAACGGCGGUCCGACGGCCAUCGCCAUGCCCGCCCCCGAGCAGAACUGUGCCGUGGUUGUGGAGCUGGAAACAGGCGCCGUGCAGCUGCUGCCGGAGCUUCCCUUCCCCCCGUCGCACGAGGCCAUCUUCACCCUUCACUUCCCGGCGUAGUCGCCAGGGCGAGAACAUCGGCGUGGACGGCCGUGUUUUGGGUUGAAGAGAGGAGCGGGAUGUGGGGACGUGUGAAUGAACACUGCUUAUCGGCAGGCCAGCGGCUGCCCUAAACGUGUUUACUCGUUGGCCUUGAUUGUAAUUAGGGAAACGUGCUUCCACCUCGUUGGGUCCAGCCGAAAUAUCUUCCUGGUCCAAACAGCGAUGCAGUCGCACUCAUCUGGGUUUUCCGGUGAUCCUCGCGGCGGCUUUUGGCUCGCCAUCGAAAAAAGAAGGUCACGGCAUCGCACGCUUUCAGAUGCGCUUCUGCGGCCUUCUGGAAUGUUCUUCCUUCGCGAUAUGAAGCUGCUGGAGCUAUGCACUUUUAAAUCCGAUUAGCACUGUUGGCUAAAUACGGUGCAAAACAAGUUAUAUGUACGUACAUAGUUUACCGUCGCUUAGCCUGUGGUAGAAAUAUCCACAUUUACAUGGCAGAGGCAAUCGUCGACUUCCCACGUGCGAACAGUGCUUCAGCUGCCCCCCACUCCCUGACACUCGACAACAACAUCGCUUUAGUUCGGUGGGGGAAGCAGUGGUCGCAGUGGUUAGACUUUGGGUGAGACACAUUUCUGUGCGUAUGUAUGUCAAAUUUAUUUCGCACCGUACGUAGCCAACCGCGCUAAUCGUAAGUGCGGGGGAAGGACAACAAACUCAACACAAAAAAGCAGUUCUGAAGAAAUGAGUUGUCAAUCGAGAUUUAAAAGUGCCGAACUCCAGUGGCUUCUUAAUAUCGGAAGGAGAAGAGCGUUCCAGACGGCCGCAGAAGCGCAUCUGAAAGCGUCGCGCGAUGCGUUGACCGCCGUCUUUGCUCGAUGGCCCAGCAGCCAAAAGCCCCUUUGCUGUGAGGUUGACCGGAGUUUGCGUGAUGAUAGUUUAUGCUCCUUGACGAGAUCAGCGAGGUAUUGUCGAUCAUCUGUGGCAAGCACUUUGUGUGUAAUGAGCACGACCUCAUAACGUAUCAGGGUGCCAAUGACCUGAGUUCAAUUCCUAACCACAGCUCACAUCAGUGGCGAAUUAUGUCCGAACUUGUUCUGGAUUCCCCCCCCCCCUCCUUCACCAACCUGGACUGACCAGCAUGGUGAAGUAUGGUCAUACAACCCCCAUGACUGACACAGUAUGGUGGGGGGGAGACUUCAUCUUGCAGUAGAAAUGGCUGUAAAUUAUUAUUGACAUAUUUAAACCUUUAUUUUAAAAUGUAGUUUUUUGUCUGCCAACAGCUUCUCAAGUUGCACACAAUGCCCAUCAAGU